AUGGAUGUUGCAUGUCUCCUAUCAAUUUUACAGCUUACUCCUGAAAAGGUGGCGGCUGUCGAGCCCAUACUAUCGCAGUUCCACGCGCUGAAGGAUUGCGAGAAAAAUGAUCGCCGCUUAGCUACCACUGAAACGGUUUUCCCCCUGGUCUUUGGAGAAGAUGCUAGUGUUCGGACCGAUCCUCAUUUCUCCGAACGCAACAACACUGUCUGGUCUCUCAAUUGUCAACUCACCCCUGGUGUGAUCGUCGUUCCCCGCACAAGCGAAGAUGUCGGCAAAGUGCUCGCUCUAUGCCGAGGCCUCGAUGUGAAAUUCUCCGUCCGCGGCGGUGGUCAUCUCCAAAAUCCAGGAUUCACUAGUAACGAGGAUGGAGUCGUGAUUUCUAUGAAGAAUUUCAAGGCCGUUACUGUGUCGGAGGAUCAGUCGAAGGCCGAGAUUGGCGCGGGUCUGACCUGGUUGGAAGUGUACCGAGAGCUCGAGCCCCAUGGGGUCGCCGUCACUGGAGGGCGUGUCCCUUCAGUUGGCGUACCUGGCUUGCUCUUGGGAGGAGGUCUUUCUUUUCAAAAGGGCAAAUAUGGCCUCAGUUGUAAUGGCGUUGUGGAAUACGAGAUUGUUCUUGCCGAUUCUACGAUUGUCAAAGCAAAUGCCAAUGAAAACAAAGACCUGUUCUGGGCUUUGAGAGGUGGAGGUUCCAAUUUUGGCAUCGUCACAAAAUUCACCAUGACGACGGUGUCCAACAAAGUAUGGGCUGAAGGUCGAGUCUUUGCGCCAACCGAAAAUAAUAAACUAUUUGAAGCUCUCAUGCGCUUUCAUCAGGAUGCCGAGAAGGACACAAAUGCUUCAUUGAUUUUCAACUCCGUCCAGGAAGCGACCCUGUUGGUAUUCAUCUACGCCGAGCAUGCGGAUAAGCGACCGGCUGUCUUUGAUGCUUUUGAGGGAGUCGAUUUUGUUGCUCAAAUGGUACCUGGCAACAACUACACAAUUUUCCAGAUUGUAAAUGGAUUUGAGAGUGUGACUGCAACCGAGCCCAAGAACCAUGAUAUGCGAACUAUGUCGAGUUUGCCCGAUCUAGAGGUUUAUAAUGCCGCCAGCGAAUGCCGCUACCAGCAGGAAGAAGUAAUCAAAGACAUUCCUGGUGCUAAAAUUACCUUCACUCUCCAGCCAAUUUCAUCGAACGCUAUAAGGACCACAAAUGCCGGUGCUGGUUCUCCGCUGGGCAUUACGGCAAAAGCUCAUCAAUGGUUCCUUCUUAUGACUGAAUGGACAAAUCAAGAGGAUGAGGCCACUGUGCGAGACGCUGCUCGUAAAAUUAUUGACGCGGCCGAAGUCGUUGCGAAAAAGAACGGGACCUUCCUUGAUUUCAAGUAUGCAAACUAUUCCUCUCGGGACCAAGACCCUCAGUCAACUUACGGCGACACAAAUCUCGCGAAGCUGAAAGAUGUUGCGAGGAAGGUCGAUCCUUCUGGCGUUUUCCAGAACCUUCAGCAUGGCGGUUGGCUGGUGAGUCGAACCGGAAACAAGGAAUAA